UCCGUUAUAAGCUAGGUCCUCUCUAUUCUCCUGCCCUGUUUCAUACAGUGAUGUGUUUCACUUUUAGGUCCCUAUUCAAGAAAGAUAAAGCAAUGCAUUUUCAUGGAGAAAUGGAAUCAGAGCUCAAGUGAUUUCACUUUGAUAGGGUUGCUUCCACAAAAUCAGACAGGCCUUCUUCUUUUGCUGCUCAUCAUUUUUGCCUUCUCUAUGGCUUUGUUUGGCAACUCAAUCAUGAUCCACCUCAUUCGUGUGGACACUAGGCUGCACACCCCCAUGUACUUUCUCCUCAGUCAACUGUCUCUCAUGGACCUGAUGUACAUUUCUACCACUGUUCCCAAGAUGGCAUUCAAUUUCUUCUCUGGCCAGAAAAGCAUUACCUUCCUCGGCUGUGGAGUGCAAUUAUUCUUUUUCGUGACUAUGGCAUGUUGUGAGGGCUUGCUCCUAGCCUCCAUGGCCUAUGACCGUUUUGUUGCCAUCUGUCACCCCCUUCAUUAUCCUACUUGCAUGAGCAAAAUGAUGUGUCUGAAGAUGAUCAUAGGGUCCUGGAUAUUGGGCUCCACCAACUCUUUAGCUCAUACAGUCUAUGCCCUUCAUAUUCCUUACUGUCAUUCUAGGUCCAUUAACCAUUUCUUCUGUGAUAUCCCAGCCAUGUUGCCCCUGGCCUGUAUGGACACUUGGGUUUAUGAGUACAUGGUGUUUGUGAGCACAAGUCUAUUUCUCCUAUUUCCUUUCCUUGGCAUCACAGCUUCCUAUGGAUGGGUCCUUUUUGUUGUCUUCCAUAUGCGCUCAAAAGAGGGAAAGAAAAAGGCUUUCACCACGUGUUCAACUCACUUAACUGUGGUGACUUUUUACUAUGCACCUUUUGUCUACACUUAUCUUCGACCGAGGAGUCUCCGUUCCCCCGCAGAAGAUAAGAUUCUGGCUGUCUUCUAUACUAUUGUCACUCCCAUGCUCAAUCCCAUUAUCUACAGCCUGAGAAAUAAGGAAGUCCUGGGGGCCGUGAAAAGAGUCUUUGGGACAUUCUACUCCACUAAACAUUGAUCAUUUCUUCUCUACUCAUCUCCAGUUUCCAUGGAGAAUGUCACAGAGGAGUGCUCUUUAUUGGAAAUGCAAUGUGUUCCACGCAUAUGUUAUAAAUAUCUGGUGAUUCAUUUCUUGUUAGGUUUAAAUGUUAUUGAAUACUAUUGUAAUUCCCACAUGUUUGUAACAAACUCAAUAUUAUGAGCAGCAAAUAUCAACAAAUUGCUACACUAUUAACACAAGGUUCAUAUACAUUGUGAGUAUACAAAUAUUUCUAUAAAUGGGGUAGAAUUUAUGCCAAAGAUGACAAAUUGUUUCUAAAAUUUGAUAUCAAAUUAUUUCUUUGCUCAUAUCUUUUGGUUUUAUUCUUCAAAAAAUAUUUUGGA